AUGCCGAACGCACGACAGUGGAUGCUCAUCAUCACCGGAGGCCUCCUCCUCUGGUACAUGCUGAGCUCCCUCGCGGCCCGCCGCGAGCCCGAACCCUCACCCGGCCAUCAGGCGUUCCGGCAGCGCCUCGUCGCCGUCGGCGAUCUCCAUGGUGACAUAAGGAACACUAGGGCGGUUCUGCGCAUGGCCAAGCUCAUCGACGAGCACGACAAGUGGAUCGGUGGAUCCGACAUCCUCGUGCAGACGGGCGACAACAUUGACCGCGGAACGUAUGCCCUUGACAUCUACCGCCUUUUUGCGUCGCUCCGGGACCAGGCUUCUGAAGCGGGAGGGCAGCUGCACACGGUCCUGGGCAACCACGAGUUCAUGAACGCCAUCGGCGACUGGCGGUACGUCUCUAAGGCGGAUAUUGCCCAUUGGGGCGGCCAGAAGCAGCGACUCCACGACAUGAGCCUGGACGGGUGGCUCGGACAGGAGUGGUUGGCCAACUACACUACCACCGCACGCGUGUAUCUCGCGCCGUUCAAGGGCGCCCCUUCCCUCUCCUUCACUCAUGGCUCUCUUCGUCCAUCGUAUCCCGACCUCCUUCCCUAUCCCGACCGGAUCAACGAGCUCGGUGCAGGCCUCCUGUCGCGUGCGCUCACGCCACCCAUGGCCCCACCCCACCCCCCUAACCCAUAUCGUGGGUUGCCGGAGGGUACGACUGCUGCCGAAGCGGGUGUAUACGACGGCGGCGGCCCGCUGUGGUGGCGCGGCCUCGCAGACGAGCUUGAUGAGAAGACCGUCUGCGAGUGGGCGAAGGAGCUUAAAGAGAAGCUCGGUGUGCGCCGCAUCAUCGGCGGACACACGCCCGACUUUGAGCGCAUCGUCGACCGCUGUGGCGGUGACGUGAUCAUCAUCGACACUGGCAUCUCAUACGCAUACGGCGGGGUCCUGAGCGCCCUCGAGAUCAUCUACUCCCUCAGACCGGUGGACGGGGCUGGCGAGCUAUCCACCGGCGUCCACGCACUGCGUGAGGGCGAGCGAUACAUCGAGCGCGAGGAGGUGUAUGCUGUGUACCAGCGCGGGAAGAAGAAGAUUACGGUCAUCGAGCAGGAGAUGAUCAUCUAG